GCUGGUAGUGGUAUGGGUGUUCUGUGGUAGUCGCUGGUUGUGUCUUUCGGCCGUUGGUUCUUGGUUGGUUCUUUAUUCUAUGGCCACUUACCGCUGUUACGGCUGAAGUAAAGAUAUUUUUGCGUGUGGAGCUCUGUUUGUUUGUUUUUUUUAGCUUCGGGUUUCUCCGAUUUUGUGAUUGAACACAAGGGAAGUUCGGUGACCACUGCGUGUUAUGUCGGAAUCGUGCUCCUUCUGUAGCUACGUUUUCGUGGACGUGCAUAUACUGUGUGUGAACUGCGACCCGAAAGUGCCUAUCUGCAUACGGUGCUUUUCUAGAGGCCUAGAGUCCUUGACGCACAAGAAUGAUCAUCAGUACAGUGUCGUGACGACUGAGUUCCCGUUGCUGUGUAAAACAUGGACUGCCGCAGAAGAGUUGAAGCUACUCGACGCACUCUUGGAAUGCGGCGUCGGAAACUGGAGUGACAUUGCAAACCAUGUGGGUUCGAAGUCUGCAAAGGAAUGCAAGUCUCACUAUUUGCAAUAUUACAUCUAUGCUCCGCAAGAUCUUCUUAAAGGCAUUGCACCUGAACCCAGCCAUGUGGGCAGCUGCCAGCUUGCUCCAGUGCCCUACAGAGUGUCGGGGGACCCACCGCGGCCUGUACUCUGCUCCCAGCAGCACGUUGACAUGGCUGGUUACAUGGCAGCCAGGGGUGACUUUGCUUAUGAGUUCGACAACUUUGCGGAAAUGGAUGUGGCUGACCUGGAUUUCAGCCAGUGUGAAGACAACCUGGAUAAAGAGCUCCAGCUGGCCAUGGUGUCAAUCUACCAGGACCGAUUGCGGGAGCGGGCCAGAAGGAAGUGGCUGGUACGGAAGCAUGGCCUGGUGCAUCCCCAGAAGACGCGCCAGAGCUGGCGCCGGUACAGCACCACACUAGGGGAGACCACCACCGCCCUGCUGGGUCGCUUCAUGCAGCUGCUCCCGCCGGAUGACUUCGAGUUCCUCUGCGAGGGGCUGCACAGUGAGCAGCUGUUGUGCCAACAGGUGCAGCUCCUGCAGGAGUCCCGUCGGGCUGGGCUUACUCGGCUGGACAGCAUUGCGCUUUUCAAGCAGUGCCGCCGCUGGAGGGCAACCCACCGCCCCAAGCACACUGCCUUCACUGAGCUGCUGGCACACAUCAAGAAUGAAACGUCCACGCAAGUUUGGCUACACAAGCAGCUUGUCAAGGAUGCCUCUCUGUCACCAUCGUCACCAAAAGGCCUUGGACGACGCACGGCGCCACCACUUGCAAUUGAGGGCAUGCCCGGCUAUGACAAGCUCAACACCCAGGAGCGGGAGCUGUGUGCAGGUCUCCGCAUAGUGCCAGAAAUGUACCUCCAUUUCAAGGGACUGCUUGUCAAUGAAUACGAGAAGCUGGGCUCACUGCGCCUUGCCAAUGCACGAGCAAUCAUCAAGAUUGAUGUCAACAAGACGAGGAAGCUCUACGACUUCUUGCUGGCCGAAGGGGUGGUAAAAAAAGACAUAAAUUAAGCAUCCAAAAGGGCAGCAAUGGACUUCUGUUCUUCAAGUCUUAAGUGUGAAAUACACAUUUUCACCUGUUUCUUUACUACUGUUCAGAUGUGCAUCACCUUAGAUUAACUGUAUUUACUCACAUCUAAGCUGUCCGCGAUUCUAGGCUGACCCCUGAAAUUUCUAAGAUAAAGAAAAAUAUAUUUCCUCGAAUAUAUAAAUCUAAUGGAAAAAUGCAUUCGACUGCAAAGAGAACACACAACAGUCUUCAGAUGUUGCACUUACGUAGACGCAUUAUCAGAACAACUGGAAUUUAAUUCCAUGCCACCACGACACAAUUCACUGCCUGAAUUGAAGUAGACAUGCCAAAUUCAUGUCGAAGUAGAGAGGCAUCUGAACUUGUUCAGAGCAACGCCUUGAACAUUUGUGAGCUCCUUCGUCUUCG